CGGCUCGUCUGUCAUUACAUUCUGAUCAAACUGUGUGUGCUGUGCGUUCCAUCUGUUACCGGCAGACGAGUGGCAGGCACACCGGGAUAUCACUCCCUUUGCCCGCAGCAACGUCAUCUUAUCGGUUGACGCGUGCUCAGCUUGCUAAUGUGACACCGAUGAAGAGACCGAGCUACCGUGUUGAAGGUAGCUGAAUUCCUUCGACUUUCCCCGCCACCAGAUUGACCCUUUUCUCCAGAAUGAUGCGGGCUGGCGUGUGCGGAUCAAUACCGCAAGGUGGACAUUACUAAGUGAGUUGGUGCAGGUUUUUUUUUGUGUGUUACGGUGGCUUUCGAUCGAGAGAUGUUGCGAACGUUUCGAGGAGAAGUGGAUGGAUCAAACGAAGGAUGGUGAACGAUAGACGUGCAGAUCAAUCGUCGAACAUCACAGCUCGGUUUAGUGUGCAGUGUGCGACGACGGAACAACGGGCCAUUAAUUUCCAGCGUGACACGGCACACAAGCCGUGUAACGAGCGCAAACGAAUAAUUCAACCAGCAAAAACCGGCAAACGCACCACACCAUGCAUCCUGCACAGGGAGCGUCCCGAAGCAGCCACAUCCUGCUCGGCGCGUUGGUGAUCCUCGCGAUCUCGAUGCGACAAGCCACAGCCAAUGCAUCUUUGGCUGGAUACCAGGCACCGUGCACAAACGAGGGCGAGGAAGUUAGGAUCAACAUGCGCUGCUUCAAGUGUAUCUGCAAGAACGGUUUCGUGGAGUGUGAACAGGAAAGCUGCCCAGCGGUGGACGACUGUUACUUCUACAAAAAGAAAGGUCCCGACGAAUGUUGCGACAAGUGUAUGGGAUGUUUAUACGAGGGACGCCACAUCGACAGCGGUACCGAGUGGACCGAUCCGGAAGAUCCCUGCAUGCACUACAAAUGCGUUUCCGGUGUGGUAACGCGCUCGGAGAUGAAAUGUUACGCACCCUGCUCGGAUCCCAACCCACCGCGGAAAGGCCAGUGCUGUCCGACUUGUUUAGGCUGUCGCUUGAACGGGCAGAAAGUGUUCGGCGAGGCAACGCUUAGCGAGGAUCCGUGCGUGAAGUGCACGUGCACGGGCCACAAGCUUACCUGCACGAAACGCUCCUGUCCGGUGUUGCAGUGUCCGCUGACGAAGCAGAUUAGAACGCCGGGCGAAUGCUGUCCGCGGUGUGUCGAACGGCGGGAGGAGAUUCACCGUGGUUCGCCGAUGUGCAUCAUUGGCAAGGCGGUCCACUUCCCGGGCAAACCGUACCACGGCGAUCAGUGUUCGAACUGCACCUGCCAGAAUGGGACGUCCGUGUGUGAGAAGAGCACGUGUCCGAUACUGGAGUGUGCGGUGGAGGAUCAGCAACGCGAACCAGGCGAAUGCUGCCCGUCCUGUCCGAUGCCGGCCGAGUUCCGGAGCACCUGUACCGCUGAUGGAAAAGUUUAUCAGAACAACGAAACCUGGAGCCAGAACGCAUGUACUUCCUGCGAAUGUCGGGCCGGUGAGGUUCGCUGUGCGAAAAUCCAAUGUCCGAAGAAGAAGUGUGGCCCGAACGAAACGCUUCUCACCGUGUCGGGCGAAUGCUGUCCCCGGUGUGUCGAAAGCCCGGCCGUCUGUACCGUGUUCGGUGAUCCGCACUACAAAACGUUCGACGGUAACUUCUACAGCUUCCAGGGUUCGUGCAAGUAUCAGCUGACGGCGGACUGUGUCGGCCACACGUUUUCGAUCCGCGUCACGAACGAUGCGCGGCUCACGAAGUACUCGUCCUGGACGAAGACGGUCACGCUGAAGCUGGAGGGUGUGAAGGUGAACCUGGGCCACCGGAUGCGAGUGAAGGUGAACGGGACGCGGGUCGAGCCACCGUAUCGGUUAAACGACACGCUGCACAUUUAUCGGAGCGGCGACGGUACGGAGGUGAUCGUGGAGACGGCACUCGGCGUGAAGCUGUCCUGGGACGGGCUCAACUUUAUCCAGGUGCAGGUGCCGACCGCGUACAAGGGCAAGCUGUGCGGGCUGUGCGGCAACUACAACAGCAUCUUCCGGGACGAUCUGUUCACGCGGGGCGGAUUGAACAUGACGCACAACGUGUGGCGCUUCGCACGUUCGUGGGCGGUCGGUGGUCCCAAGGCGUGUACGCGUCAGAACAAGAAGGAAUUGGCCGCACGCCAUCCGCAGUGCAAAUCGAAGAAGUUUGUCCCGCUCUGCAAAGCGCUCCGCACGCCGGAAGUGUUCGGUCGGUGUAACUCACUGCUCAACCCGGACAACUACUUCGCGUCGUGUAAGUUUGACAUGUGCGAGUGUCCCCAUCUUCAGUGCUACUGUGACAGUAUGGCGGCGUAUGCGCACGAGUGCGUCCGGCAGGGUGUGCAGCUGCCGGACUGGCGCUCGCUGACCGGUUGUAGUCGUAACGCGUCCGGAAUGCUACCGUACGUGAGAGGAUCAGCCGCACACGAACCGAACGCUAUCGUUGCCGGUACAACGCAGCACAACAACAUUCGUCGACAUCCGAAGCGGUUACGACGACCGAAGCUGAUCGAGCCGCAGGGUGAGGACCCACUGGAUCUGCUACCACUGAUGGUACACGAUCGGAAGCAUCACAAGCUACUACAUCAUCCACUCUAUAGGAAGCAGCAGCAAAAACAGCAAGAGCAAAACAACAUCCCUUUACGGCCGUUAGGUGGUAGUCGUAGGACACCACCGCCACUUCAGCGUUAGAUCCUAUCCUUCCACACCCGCAUGUAUCUGUGGUCACAUCGCUUUAGAGGCACUGGUUUGCUGGAAGCGAAAUGGCGACCCCACUCAUCAACUCGCCAAUGUAUGCGGCUGACCUCCUUCGACAACCUUCCUUUCCUUCCUAUGCCCAUUCUAACGACUCUGUUGUUUUCUUUUUAAGAAACAUACUCUCGCUUGUUGUACUGCGUUUAAGGUGUAGUUAAGCACUAGUUAGGUUGCAGACGGAAUCGGUCCGUUCUGUUAGUAAGGACACGUCCCAGUAAGGAAGCCAUUACGUUGUACAUAUUAGUUACCGCAGGUUCGAAUGUGUGUAUGUUUGUGUGUGUGCGUGUGUGGGCUUCUCUUCUUUUCUCCCUCUUCUCCUCAGCCUCCCUCUUCACGGUUGCUCAUCCACGUCAAGAAUUUGGGACUGGAGGAGUCGAUGAAUCUACAAAACAAAACAAAAAGAAUAAUCUCACAAACGGAUGCAAGGCAGCGACCUUCUUCCGGUUCCGGUGAAAGUGGGCGGGAAAACUCUCAUGAGGAUCGUAUGAACGAAUGGAGAAAACAUACUUAAAGUCCGACCAUGCAGUGUGUGCAUGUGGGAAGGGUGCAACAGGAAAGGAAGAGAAAGAGGAAUGCAAAUGUUUUAAAUUUCCGGCUGAUUUUACGAGUUCAAUUUUAUUACUAGCGCCUGUUAUUAUGUUAGACUAAGUUAAGGAAAGAAGGAGACGGAAAAGUGUUUUAUGUUAGUAAGUACGUACUCGUAGGAUCGUUUUAGAAGCGAUGAUCGUUUGCCACACAGUUCACUCCCCACAUCAGCUCCUCUUUCUGCUCUUACGCUCGACGGUUUCUUAUCUAUUUCUCUCCUCCGGUUACAGUUAAGGCUAGGAUUUUAUGUUAUUUUUUUAAUAAUCCCCUUCGAAUCGCGUUAUUUUAAUAAUUUUAUUACUUUAGUACGUAAUGUUUAACCAUCAUUAGGAAGGCUUAGGCUCAUUUGGUGAGCGUUUGUGUCGGUUUUUUCAGAGGUCUGCUCUGGGUGUUGUCAAUGCACAACGGUCCUACUACUACCGAACCUAUGAGUACUUCUAUUUGUGACAUUCAUCAGUAUUUAUUUCCUUUCUUAAUCGUUUAAAGGACAGGUUCAUCCUUUCUUCAGCAAUCCUUCGCAUACUACGAGAUGUACGCAAAAGCAAGAACAGCUAAAACCGUUUUUUUUUUGUUCUACCUUAACAAUUGGGAUCAUUUAAUCAUUUUUUCUAUUGCGUUCUUAUCAUGUGUUUGUAUGAGCGCGUGUACCACAAACAAAUCUCAACAUUCCAUAAUUUUGCAAAUCCCAUACAUCAAAACGCUUUGCUUGAUCGCCAACACCACAUUUCAUCCAGCGAUUUCAACGUUCCGUUUCAUACUCACACUCAUUCUCCGUUGGAAUGCUAAACCUGCUCGUAUUUACUAUAAAACAAUUUGGUAACAGCUCGCACAUCGAAGAAUAGCUGAUGGAAGGACGAACGUAAGGAGUAGUUAAGAUACAACGAUAAACUAAACAUAAAAAAAUAAACGUAAAAGGCCACACAAACAACAAACAAAACAACUCUCCAGUGAAAUAAGUGGUAUACUAAACUGUAUGCUGUAGGUAGGAAAUAAGUAAAAUGUUAAACAACAACAGAAUAAGAUAAAAGAAAAUGAGAGAAAUAAAAGUGGAGAACAAAAAGUGCGAAAGAGAUAUAAUACAAAAAGCGGAAGUAAAAACGGAGGUGUAAAGUGUGUGUUUACUUAAUAGGAAAGGAGAAUUAGUGUAGGAAAUGAAAAAUAGAAAAAACAACAACAAAAAAGCAUGUUAAACCAAUAAAUAGCAGCGCAAAAUGUGAUCUCGUGAGUGAAUUAGUUAAAUGAAAUUGAACAAAACAAAACAAAAAAGCGUUGCGCAAACGAAUGGCAGAAAAGGUGAACGAAUCGAAUUGAACUAUGAAAGGAGCAAAUAGGCUGAACAAGUGAGAAGUAAGGAUAGUAAACGAUUUCUGAAAGUUACUCAAGUAAACAAAACAAAAACAGGUGAAAGGAAACACGAACAAGGUGGAAACGCACUUUUUACACGGAUGAUUUGUUUUACUGUAUCUCUAAUGGUUCCUACACACAUACCAACGUACACAAACAUAGAGAAAGUUGGGCACGUGGUUACAAGCGCGUCGGAAGCAUACAUAACGUACGAAAACAUACAUACAUACACAUAGAAACAAUUACGAAAACUUGGAACAAAUAGCAUUAAGCAGUGAAGGCGAAAUGGAUUCGUCCAAACAAGGAACAAAUAAUGGGCGUACGUUAUAUAAAGUAAACGUAAAGUAAAUCUAAUUUAUUGUGCAAAACCUCGAAGUUCAUGAAGCUCUAAAUUAAUUAAAACAAUGUUUACACUUUAAAACGAAUGCGUGCGUACGAUCCUGUACUUGCGUGUGUGUUGUGCAUACGCACUCAUUGCUGCAAAUACCCAAACCGUUGAUCCGGUGAAUAUUUUAUUUUGUUAUUUACCUUUCUUUUAUUUUGCCGAACCGGGAACGAUACCUAGCGGUACGUUCGCUUCGGAAGGGAUGCAGCAGACUCCUUUCAUACCAUGAAGAGAUCGUGUGUUGUGAGUGAAA